GAUAAUCUUACAGAGGACAUAUAAAACCAGAGCCCUGCAAUCCUGGAACGACACCAAUCGAUUCCACGGGUUCCUCGUUGGAGUGAGAAACAUUAAUUUCUACAGAAUUUUUAGAGAGAGAGACAGGGGGAGAUGUGGGUUUUGAGCGCAGUGGGUUUGGGGACAAUGGUGAGCAGAUGCUUAUCUUCCCCUCUAGCUUCAGAAGAUGUGAGUUUUGGAUCGUUUUGGUGGUUUAGUUACGCAGGGAUCUCAGGUUUCCUUGUUCUCUUCGCCGGAAUCAUGUCUGGUUUAACCCUAGGUCUUAUGUCUCUUGGCCUUGUUGAGCUUGAAAUUCUUCAGAGGAGUGGAACAUCUGCAGAGAAGAAACAGGCUGCUGACAUCCUUCCAGUUGUGCAAAAGCAACACCAACUUCUCGUGACUUUACUUUUGUGUAAUGCAGCUGCCAUGGAGGCCCUUCCAAUUUAUCUGGAUAAAAUUUUUCAUCCGUUUGUGGCAGUCAUAUUGUCCGUUACCUUCGUUCUAUUCUUUGGAGAGGUUAUUCCUCAAGCUAUAUGUUCAAGAUAUGGGCUUGCUGUGGGUGCGAAUUUUGUAUGGCUUGUGCGUAUUUUAAUGAUAAUCUGUUAUCCCAUUUCUUAUCCCAUUGGGAAGAUUCUAGAUUGGGUGCUUGGACAUAAUGAUUCAGCAUUGUUCAGACGGGCUCAACUAAAAGCCCUUGUAUCUAUCCACAGUCAAGAGGCUGGCAAAGGAGGAGAACUCACUCAUGACGAGACAACAAUUAUUAGUGGGGCACUUGAUUUAACUGAAAAGACUGCUGAAGAGGCAAUGACACCCAUUGAGUCCACUUUUUCAUUAGAUGUCAACUCGAAGCUGGACUGGGAAGCGAUGGGAAAAAUACUUGCUCGUGGUCACAGCAGAGUUCCUGUGUAUUCUGGAAAUCCAAAAAAUAUCAUUGGGCUUCUCCUGGUGAAAAGUCUACUAACAGUUCGUGCUGAAACGGAAACUCCUGUCAGUGCUGUUUCUAUUAGGAGAAUUCCAAGGGUUCCAGCCGAUAUGCCUCUAUAUGACAUAUUGAAUGAAUUUCAGAAAGGAAGCAGUCACAUGGCAGCUGUGGUGAAGACCAAAGGGAAGACCAAAAGCUCUACAACUGUUGGUGAUGGAGAAAAACCAGAAGAAAGCAGAGUUGGUUUGGGGGGUUCUGACUUGACUUCUCCGUUGCUGCCUAAACAGGAUGAUGUCAUUGUUAUUGAUAUGGAGAAGGGGCCAAAUGGUCAGGUCCGCUCAAGUAAGCCAUCCUUUAUUCAACCGAAUGAUGGACCAAUCUUUGGGGACAACCGAAUGGCUGAGGACAUUGAAGAUGGGGAAGUUGUUGGUAUCAUAACGCUUGAGGAUGUUUUUGAAGAACUCCUACAGGAAGAGAUUGUAGAUGAGACAGAUGAAUAUGUUGAUGUACACAAAAGGAUCCGUGUAGCUGCUGCAGCUGCUGCAUCAUCGGUAGCAAGAGCGCCAUCAAUUCGUAGGCUAAUUGGUCAAAAAGCCGGGGGAGGCCAAGGCCAUAAUAGGCAAGGGGCGCAGCAGCCUAACAGUACUUCGAAGAAGGGGGUGGAGGACGAUUCGAGUUUGGAUAGGUCACAUGGGAACCUCGUCGAGCCACUUCUUGGAGCAAAGAGAUAAUGAAUAAGUGGAGUUAACAAGAACAGCUUUUAAUGAUCCAAAAAAAGAGGAGCUUUCAAUCAAAAAGCCAUUUCAAAUAGGAGACCAAGUUUAUGGCUCUAUUCACCGCACCCUCCAACGCCAGGUCUUUGAGUUCUUUGUAAAUUUUGUUCAUUUUUUCAUUUGAGGAGCUAUUUAUCUUACGAUAAGACAUUGAAUCCAACUGGAUAGCUGCAGGUGGAAGACAUGACUUCAAAAGUAUGAUUUUUGUUGAGUAGCCUAUUUAUUGAUUCAUAUGAUCUUAUAGUGUGGGUUUCAUAAUAUAUUAAGCCAUGUAUUAAGUUGUUACCCCCUUUUUUUUCCCCCACUCCUGAUAUUGAGUGGGUAGAUCCAAUUUGAGUUGCUUCUGCCAACUUCUGAUGGCAUAGUUUUAUUUAUGUUGAAGCAAAUGAUGUGGUUGUAGUA